GAUAGAUCGUGAAGCCAAGGGUUUGUCAUGCGGAGCUAAACCCUACUACUGAAACUCUACUUCUGCUCAAAAUUUUCUAAGGGUUUUGUAUCAAUUGCUCAAUCAUGUCUAAUUUAGAUAUGUCUCUCGAUGAUAUGAUAAAGGCGAACAAGAAAUCACGAGGGUCUGACAACCCUAGAUCUAAAGCUCGUAAUUCCGGCCCUGGCCCCUCUCGCCGUUUGCCAAAUCGUGCCUCCAAUAGGUCAACACCAUACGGCGCUCAAAAGGUUGAAGCACCAGAUACAACAUGGGGACACGAAAUGUUCGAAGGUCAUGCUGCAGCACACCCUGCAAGAUCAAACAGGGUGUCGUCAGGAAUAGAGACUGGCACUAAACUUCUUAUAGCUAACUUGGAUUAUGGUGUUUCUAAUGACGAUAUCAAGGAGCUGUUUGCAGAGGUUGGUGACAUAAAGCGAGCAUCAAUACACUAUGAUAGAAGUGGCAGAUCAAAGGGAACUGCAGAAGUAGUCUUUUCAAGGCGUAGAGAUGCAGAAUUGGCUAUUAAAAGAUAUGAUAAUGUUCAAUUAGAUGGAAAGCCUAUGAAGAUUGAAUUAAUAGGAACAAACAUGGGAAACGAUGGUGCUGCUUUCAUGCCUCCUGCUUCCAAUUAUGGAGGGCAAAAUGGUCCACCCACAAGAGGUGGGGUUAUGGGAAGACUUAGAGGUGGUGCUCGGACAAUGAGGGCGGCAGGGGGUGGAGGAGGAGGAGGUGGUGGUGGAAGAGGUAGGGGUGGUGGCAGAGGCAGAGGAAGGGGUAGAGGGGGAGAACGUGGUGAGAAGGUGUCUGCAGAAGAUUUGGAUGCAGAUUUGGAAAAGUACCAUGCUGGAUCUAUGCAGACAGAUUAAAGCAAGAUAGACAUUAAAAACUUGAAAGGGCAGUUUGGGUUUUUCCACUUGAAGGGUGAAGAGGUGUUGUUUGUAUUCUUCAGUUUUUUUUUUCUGUUUACUCUUUUGAAUGAGAGGAUAAUGUAAUGUUUGAGAUGCUGAAUGUUUUAUUUAUUAAAGCGGUUGUUUGUUCACUUGGAAUAUGUUUGUUAUAAAAGAAAUUGUAACUGUGCA